AUAUCCCCAAGGCAGUCCUGCACCUGUUGAAGAACCCAGUGUAUGCUGUUCUACUGCCAGCCAUCUGUUUGGAGAUUUGUAUUGUAGCCGGCUUUGUGGUCUUUCUGCCCAAGUACUUGGAGUCUCAGUUCGGGACCUCCACAUCCCAGGCUAACCUUCUCACAGGUGGUAUAGCUAUCCCAGGAGCUGUUAUAGGUAUCCUCGUGGGUGGGUACAUCCUGAAACGUAUGGCAUUGUCCCCUAAAGGAGCAAUCCAGUUUGUCCUUCUUCUGAACACACUGGCUUUGUGUGGUUUCUCUUUCUUCUUCUACAUGGGCUGUGACAAUGUGAAGAUUGCUGGCGCCAACUUCCCCUACUUCAACAGCUCUGGCCACAAAAUCUUCGAAGCCAAUUUGACUUCAUCCUGCAACCAAAACUGUGCCUGCUCCCAGAACCACAUCCAGCCAAUCUGUGGCAUUAAUGGAAUCACAUAUUUCUCUCCAUGCCAUGCUGGCUGUACCGGCUCCAAUUAUUUCUAUGACCACGGCAAAGAAGAGAGAAGUUUUAACUACAGCGGAUGCUCAUGUAUUGGAGAUAGCCCUUUGGCUCAUUCUGACCUUGAGGUCAUCUACUCACCGAUGGCCACCAGUGGUGCCUGUAAGAAUACCUGCGAGAGGAUGCUGCCUUUCCUCAUUAUGUUAGUGGUGAUGACGUUCUGCGUGGCUGGGACACAGAUGCCGAUACUGAUGGUUACUUUAAGGUCUGUGGGAACCAUGGAGCGGUCAUUUGCCUUAGGACUGCAGUUUGUUGGCAUGCGGUUGUUUGCCUACAUACCAAGUCCCAUUUUCUUUGGGAAUGCAAUCGACAGUACCUGUCUGCUGUGGAGUGUUACCUGCGAGAGGAACGGAUCCUGCCUUCUGUACGACAUUGUUACGUUUCGUUACAAAUACAUAGGUAUUGCUGCAAGCCUGAAAGUUAUCUCCAUGGGCUUCUUUGUGGCUGUCUGGUAUUUCAUCCGACGGAGAACCUUGGCGGAAGCAGCUGCAGCCAAUAGGGUGGAGAUUCAGACUUCAACCUCGCCUGUAGACAGAACAGAGGGAAACAAUUUGGGGGCAGUGACACACACUGCUCGACCAUCAGAGCUAGGUAUCACACCAGCUACACCACCACAUCAGUAUGAUCAUGACCACCGCAACAAUGGGAGCAGUUCUGUGGGCCAAGGAGUCAAUGGACGCAGACAACCUGACCAAGACCAAGGUUUGGAUCACCUGACUUUAAGGGGUCCAGAGGAUGCCUACAUCCGGGGCCCAAAUGUGACCACACUUUCCAACAUUCCUGGAGAAGAGUCUGUUUUGUGA